AUGAAGACAUCAACAAUAUUAAUAUCCAUGAUGGCUGUCAGUCAAGCAGUCGCGAAUUCGGAUUCUCAAGCCCGUUUUCGUGACCAUUUGCAAAUUUUUAAAGACGUUCUCAGACACUCUGAAGGGAUAAUACCUGAUUCUAGUGACACAAAUGACUUCCCAACCAUUGAUGAAGAUGGAUCGGAGAUACCGUGCACCGAGGCAAGCAUUGAUGAUGAAGAAUUUGAUUUAAAAGAUACAGUAAAAGUGUCCUCCCUUUUUCAAUCCUCUGAUGCAAGCGUUGAGGAUCCAGAGGUUCCUUUGGCUGUAGAACCUACCAAUAUCGACACAGAUGAGGCAGAAGAUACAGACAAAUUUCCUAAUGACAGUAUUAUUGACAUAAUCUCUGAAAGCAAUCCUUAUGAAGAUUCGAUUUCAAAUACUUCAGAUCGUGAUCGGGAUGAAAGCUUGAAUAUACCUUCCAUGGAAGCAAUCCCAGGUUUAACGAAAUUAGCUUCCAUUCAGUCUGACUUCCUCGAUGGUCAACUUCAGGGUCCCAAAGGUAAGGAAGAAGCCUCUGCAACCAAUACACCGGCUCAAUUGCCAGAUAAUCAAGAUGAGGAGGUUGAAACUCAGAGACCUAAGCACCGAGGACUACGUGAAAUCAAUUCUAUGAAAAUACAGUAUCGAAGGCCUGCGAUCAAGAAAAAAAUAGAAAAGAAUUACAAUGAGUAUCGCGAUCCUAGUGCUAGUUUUCUGGUAGUGUCAGGAGGUGAAGAGGAGGAUCCAAUUCAAAAGGGGACUGAAGAGCUGAAUAAGGACUCUGCAAAGAGUUCUUCUAGAGGACCAUUGAGACCUUGGGUAGAAUCGGCCGACAAAGAACAUCAGAAAACUCCUCAGGUCUCGAAGAACGCUAUUGAAGAACCUAUACUUGAAAACAUCCUGAACAAGAAAGUCGACUAUGUUACAAACUAUAUUGACGACAAAGGUAUCAUUACAUCACUACAAAAGAAACUUCACCUGAAGAGUAAGGCAAGGAAGACUAAUAGCAGAAAAGAAGUUGUUCUGGCUUCCAGCCUCAAGGUUCCAAAGGAGUUACCACUCAACCCAGAGCACUCUAAAUCAAAUGAAACCACAGGUCUCACCAAUAGUUCCACGAGUAUUGACUCACUUGAUGCUAUUCUAAUGUCGGAUCCUACAUUCGAGAGACAAAGCGACGAGGAUACGGCUAAAUACAUACAAAGGGUAUAUCCUCGUCUCAGGUAUUUGAUGGAGGGAGACCUGGAAACAGAAAGGCAAGAACAGACCAAGAAUACCGGAUUCUUUCUGAAGGUAUUUGAUGGCGUUUUUCAUAAUCAUGCAGACAGCCGUGACGAUGAGGUAAAAGCACACCGCCUGCUAUUUGGAAGCGCAUGGAACGGAACAAUAUUCAACUAUGGAGCAGAAACCGCAGAGAACAACGGAGCCAUACCUCGAAAAGAGCUCUCAUCUAUCGUAGGAGCUGUUGUCAUAGUGAUAGUGCUCAUUUCAUGA